AUGUCUAUCAAGUUGCUGCCGGAGGACGUUGUCGCCCAGAUCAGAUCCUCAGCCGUCAUUACUUCGCUAAACUCCGUCGCCCUUGGUCUCGUCCGGAACGCCCUCGACGCAGAGGCUACGAAAGUCAAUGUCUCUGUUGACUUUUUACGAGCGAACUGCUCUGCCGAGGACAAUGGGCUCGGAAUUCCACCAACAGACUUCUCAGAGGCCGGCAACCUAGGCAAAGCAUAUUGCACUUCAAAGCAUCCCCGCUCGCCAGAUAACUUCGGGAAACAUGGUGUCUUCUUGUCUUCGGUUGCGGCCUUGUCGUUGGUGACCAUUACCUCUCACCACCACUUGUACAACUCCCACAAUUCGCUUAGUAUCCAUGGCUCGCAGACGAUUAUCAGGCAUACCUCAGCAUUGCCAGAUCAGAGAAUCUUGACAUUUCCACACGGCACGAGAGUCACCGUCCGAGAUCUUUUCGGGAGCAUGCCUGUUCGUGUCAAACAGCGAGCUAUGACCGCGGAAAAGUCCGGAUUCAGCAGGGAAUGGGACAGUUUAGUCAUGUCUAUGAUUGCACUCAUGCUUGCAUACCACAAAUCCGUCACGCUCCUUGUCCGCAAUGCAACGACUCAACAGACGAUGUCGCUGCGGAGCUCUGGCCUGGACCACGAUCCAAAAUCAGCUUCAACAAGCACAUCAACCAGUCAUGUUUUACGCACAAUCAGUUUGUUGAAGCAAACCUGUCUGAGCGACUUGGUUGAUGGGAAGCACUGGGUUCCGGUCAGGGCUGCAUCUGCACUUGUUCGCCUUGAUGGAUGUGUCGCUUUGACCCCUGUUGCAACAAAGCGUAUCCAGUUCAUCACUGUUGGUAACGAGCCUUUGGUAAAUGAUGGGCAAGCUAAUAUCUUGUUCGACGAGAUCAAUCGGAUAUUUGCCAGCUCGGAUUUCGGGGUGAUGGAGGAAGUUGAUGCCGUAGAUGAACCUACCCGGGACAACACAGGCCAGCUGUCCAACAAGGAAAUGCGUGCCAGGAAGGGAGUCGACCGUUGGCCGAUGUUCCAUCUCUCCAUCACCUUGGAUGGCAGCGAGAAAAGCAGAGCACAUGUCAUUGAUGACAUUGUGGAUGGAAGCGAGCGUAGCCUCGCGGGCCUCCUUGAUCUUAUUGCAGCAAUGUUUCACGAAUUCUUGAAAAAGAAUCACUUCCGGCCUCGGAUAUCCUCCCGGCACUCCCCAAGAGAAGUUGUGUUAGCAAGUACGAGGACCUCGUCCAUGAGAUUUUCACCGGAUCGCGACGAUUUGAGCGCGCUCCCCUCGGAUCACGGAGGCACAGCGCAAGUUUCAAAGAGCACAACAUCACAGCGAGCCCAGUCUUCAUCGAGGUCCAUUAGCUCAAAUCGUCUACGGUCUAGAACGAAAAGCUCUAGAAGGGCUAGUCGUUCCGAAUCGCCUUUUGCAAUGUGGGCGCUUGUGAAGUACGGUCGGUCUCGAGACAGCGGGACCAAGUCCGAAAGCGACUCCGUGCCUCCUAGCAAAAGAACUAGCGCAAAGAGCACAGCAGAUGCCAUGGAACGCAUGACCUCGAAGUCUCCUCGUCUUGUUGCACCGACGGGUCACCUUCUACGACGCCCCUUUGACACCGAGGCGCACCUUGUCCCAGCGGGCGACGACUCUCGUCCUUCAUCACCACACAAAGCUGCAGAUAAAUCUGAAGCUGGUCGCUCACAUUCGGAAGGCUAUUUGACGUGGACAGAUCCUCUGUCGAAGGUCAAAUCAGUCAUUGACUCAAGAACCGGAUUCGUAGUAAAAAAUGAUGGGGGGCCGCAGCGAACAACAAGAGUGCAAACAGCUUCAAGAGAAUCUGGAGGAAAGACCCUGACGUGCACCGGAGCCAGUACGCCAUCCUGGCUCGCAGAAAUCCAAUCGACCUGGAAAAAUCCAGUAUAUGAGAGUUCCGAACUACCGAUUCCACGUAUCGCCGAAUCAUUUGGCGGUCUAGGCACUGCGAGCGGGAAGAUUAUUCGACCUGGGAAACUGCUAGAGUUCGAUAGUGUCGGCGAGCAGACAGCAAUGUACAUGGAGAAGCACAUAUCCAAGGAUGCACUGCGCAGAGCUGUCGUCGUAGCUCAAGUGGAUCAGAAGUUCAUUCUCAUUAGAAUCCCAGCAAGAACCAGCUCUGACCAGCAUCGAGAAGAGAACGCCGACUUGAUGGUUUUGGUGGAUCAGCAUGCAGCCGACGAAAGAUACAGGCUUGAAAGUCUCAUGCAGGAGUACUUCUCAUGCGAAGAGGGUGAGCAAGACAGAUUCGAGGCACGGACAGAUGUUCUUCAAAGGCCACUUGUCUUUGAGCUGCCGAGACAAGAGUACAAACUCUUGACGCAAUAUCGAACCUAUUUCGAGAAGUGGGGGAUUGUAUACGAUGUCGGUAUUCAGGACGUGGAGAGAAGAGAAAAGUCCAGCAUGGCAACUGUCACAGUUACGAUUCGCCGACUUCCUCCGAGUGUUCUUGAGAGGUGUCGCACGGAGCCCAAAUUGCUCAUCGAAAUUAUCCGCAACCAGAUCUGGAAACUCGCAGAAGGCCAGCAUCACGCGUCCAUGCCUAUGGCAUCUCAGCCAAGUUCCAAUGAACAGGCCUGUUGGAUCUCCCGUUUCCAUGGGUGCCCAGAUGGGAUUCUAGACUUGUUACAUUCUAGAUCCUGUAGGAGCGCCAUCAUGUUCAACGAUCUGUUGUCUGCCGAACAAUGCCAACAAGUACUCGACAGACUGGCUCAAUGUGCACUUCCUUUCCAAUGUGCACAUGGCCGACCCUCUAUGAUACCGGUCGUGCAGCUGGGUGCUGGGGCGUCUCUGGGAUCCUCUACCCUCAGCGAUGAUCAAAGUGCAGGAGAUUUUGCAAAGGAUUUCAAGCAAUGGAGACAAAAGAACCAGAGAAUUUUGUGGAAAGCUAGCCGCCACGUGUGGCACACCCAGCCACUACUAGCACCAGCGUUGGGGCACGUCAUUGCCUGGACAGAACUCCAGCCCAUCCCCUUCAGAACCACAAGCUCCUUCAAGCUGCUCGAAUGCGCCACCUUCAAGUCGAAACCCUCGCCCUUAUCAAAUAUACAGCACGCCGGACCUGUUGCGAUUGGGUCGCAAGAAGAUGUGACAAUGGCCCUAGCUUGGAAGUCCUUCGACUUCUUUGAGGUCAGCCAGAUCAAACUCGGCGACGACGAGACGAAAGCCUUCUUUGAGGGCAACGAGAUAUCGAGUGUAUGCUCUGGCUCCGACAGCCUCUUCCUCGCCAGCCAUGAUGGUUAUGUGCGCAUUGUUGGGCCGCGCUGGACGGUCAUCCGCACCUUUCAGGCACACGAGUCGGGCAACAUCACGCACAUGCGCCAGGUCGAAGGAACGAGUCUACUAGUAACUGUUGCGGAGGAUCUUAGCAGCGAACCUAUUCUGAAGGUCUGGGCUCUGGAUCGCCCCGUGAAGAAGACAGGGUUACCGACUUGUCUGAGUACGCUGCAGAUCAACAAUGGAAAGAAGCCAUUCCCUAUUUCCGCCUUCGCUGCCACGGACGACCUAUCGCAGAUCGCUGUCGGCUUCGGUAACGGCGCGGUUACACUCAUCCGCGGCGAUCUCAUCCACGACACCGGGACGCGGCAGCGCAUAGUACACGAAUCGGACGAGCCAAUUACGGGGGUAGAACUGUGGGUGGAUUCUAAACUGACGACACUCUUCAUCGCGACCACGGCGCGUAUUCUCAAACUCGUCAUCUCUGGAAAGGGCAAAGGCCAAGCCCCCAAGAUCGUGGAAGACUCGGGUUGUGCACUGGGGUGUAUGACUGUCGACAAGAGGACUGGAGAUAUCGUAGUAGCACGAAAUGAUGCGAUCUACUACUACUCUAUCGACGGCCGUGGUCCACCACGAGCAUACGAAGCGCCGAAGGAGCUGGUAUCGGUCUAUGGGGACUACAUUGCUCUGGUCUCACCCCCAACAGUCGCUCCCGGCUCGGGCGCGCCUGACUCGAUGAGGCGACAAUUUGGCUCGUCCGCAGACGCCAUUUUCAACACCUCUACGUUUUCCUUGCUCGAGACGGAGUUGAAGUUGAUUGCUCAUACCGAGUCGUUGGUAACCAAGAUCACCUCGCUUUUCGAAAUAUGGGGCGAUCUGUACACAAUUCUUCAGGAUGGCAAGGUUUUCCGCUAUCAUGAAAAGUCGCUGCAACAGAGGCUGGAGAUGCUGUACCAGCGUAAUCUCUACCACCUUGCCAUCGAGCUUGCGCAGAGGUCUGGAAUGGAUGGCAAGCAACAGAACAUCAUCUUCAAGAAAUUUGGAGAUCACUUGUACCAGAAAGGGAACUACGACGAAGCCAUGACACAGUACAUCAAAGCCAUCGACAGUACGGAGCCAUCCCAGGUGAUCAGAAAGUUCCUUGACACUCAAAGGAUACAAAACUUGAUCGAGUACCUUGAGGAGCUCCAUGAACAUCACAAAGCUACGGCAGAUCACACUACUUUGCUCCUGAACUGUUAUGCCAAGCUCAAAGACAUUGACAAGCUCGAGAAGUUUAUCAAGUCUCCUGGCGAUCUCAAGUUUGACCUUGAUACGGCCAUAUCUAUGUGCCGUCAGGGUGGCUAUUAUGAGCAGGCUGCCUACCUUGCCAAGAAGCACGGCGAGAAUGACCUUGUAGUCGACAUACUCAUCGAGGACUCCAAGCAGUAUGCCGAGGCCCUCAACUUUAUAUGGCACCUGGACCCCGAAACGGCAUACACGUGUCUUAUGAAGUAUGCUCGGACGCUGAUCGAGCACUGUCCUUCAGAUGCGACCCAGCUCUUCAUAGAUUACUACACUGGCAAAUUCAGGCCAAAAGUCGAUGUGUUGCCUGCAGACUCGGCAGUAGUGCCCGCGGCUGGCGGCCUUGCUGCUGGUGCUGCCUCUGCGGUGCAAAAUCUCACGAACCUCCUUCCACUUCCUUACAUGAGUACCUCUGCGGUUGCAUCUCCUGGCACCCAGGGCAAUUUGAAGCCGGCAGGGACUGAAGCGCAAUUGAUGGUGAACCCUGAAGACCUACCACCGAUAGAAUAUACCGCUCCUCCACCAAGAACGGCCUUUUCAUCAUUUAUUGAUCAUCCUGACGAGUUCAUUGUCUUCCUGGAGGCAUGCCUGAAGGAGAGCAACUUGUCGGGCUCCGACAAGACAGAUAUCCACACGACACUAUUCGAGAUGUAUCUGCACAAAGCAUCAGAGAAGAAGGGCGAAGAGCGUCGAUCUGAAUGGGAGGCCAAGGCCAAGGCGCUCAUCUCGGGCAGAGAUCUUUCAAUAGAAGAUUCGAACGUCCUCCUUCUGUCAGACCUCUCAAACUUCCGGGAGGGCACGACACUCGUCAAGGAGCAGUCAGGUCUGCUCUUUGACAUCUUCCGGUCCUACACCUCUGCAAAGGACACCGUGGGGGCCAUCAAGGCCCUGCACAAGUAUGGUCCCGAAGAACCACAGCUCUACCCAGCUGCGCUAUCGUACCUCACCUCGGACCCGCGGACUCUGGAGGAAGCCGGCCCCGAAGAAAUAUCGUCAAUUCUCACGCGUAUCGACAAAGGGGGGCUCAUGGCCCCGCUUCAGGUGGUGCAGCUCCUUUCCAAGAACGAUGUUGCUACGAUGGGAAUGCUCAAGCCCUAUCUUCAUGAGAUCAUUGACCGGGAGCGGAGGGAGAUUGCCACCAAUCGCCGUCGCGUUACCUCUUUCAGGGAAGAGACGGACCAGCGCCGAGCCGAGAUCAAGGAUCUUGGGUCUAAGCCGGCAGUUUUCCAGAACACACGCUGCAGCCAGUGUUCAUUGCCACUCGAGCUCCCGGCUGUGCACUUCCUCUGCAAGCACUCGUUCCAUCAGCGGUGUCUGAAGGGCGGCAGCGGCUCCGAGGGCGAGUGUCCCCUGUGUGCGCAAGCCAACGCGACGAUCAGGGCCAUCCGCCGACAGCAGGAAGAGUAUUCUACAAGACACGAUGUGUUCAAGACGGAGCUGGAGAACAGCGAGGACAGAUUCGGCACAGUUGCGGAUUGGUUUGCCAGAGGUGUUAUGAGUGUGCCAAACGCAGAGUAA